AUGAAAACCGCAUAUCCCCGGCAUAACUUCCAGGCAUCUUCGGACGGCUCACUUUCGUCUGGGGCGGGCGCAGCUGCCGGGUUACAAGCGUCACCUGGGCAGCUAUCCACUCGUCCUAGCGGAACAAAAAAUGCAGACCGUUUGCCCACCGGAGGCAUUAACCUAGAAGAGCACUUUACAGAUGAACAGCUCCGCCUGUGGAAUAUCACCAAGCUGCUGCAGCGCCUGGCUGCGGCCGCAGCAGAGGACCCCUGUGCUGCCCUCCCGCCCUCUCCUGCUGCCGGCUCCGGUGCCCGUGCUGCAAGUCACCUGGUGCGGCGUUCACUGUCAGGCGGCGCGGCCGGUGAAGGCAAUUGUGAAGGGGCUGCGGUGAACUCCCGCAAGCAGGUCAGCGAGUGCGCCGUGUCGCUGGAGUUCCUCCUGGAGUUCGCACGGGAGGUUCCCGAAGACUGGCGUACAGGCCGCGUGGUACAAGAGCUUGUGCAGGGCUUCACCCAGACUCAUAAGUGCCGCUUCGCGGACCUGAUGCCGGCUAGGCAUGUGAAGCGUCCCGACUACUUCAUCAGUCACAAAUGGGACAGUCCCUUCCAUUACCUGGUUCGCUCGCAUCCUGGAGAGGGACACGAUAGCGACCUGGUGCAGGUCAGCAAUGCCAUCACCACUGCUAGCGGAGGGACACUGGUGGUCCUGGACCGGCAAGCGGGCCCGCUGGGUCGCGUGUGGUGCCUGUUUGAGAUCUGGAUUACUGUACGGGAGAAGGGCCUGGGUUCGCUGCAUCUGCUGACGUACGGCUUCACCAACAAUGACAUCCGGGAUUGCUUCGAG